AUGUUUUGCUUUUGCAGGGGUGGUCUAUGGUAGUCAGAGCAGCGAGGGCGUGAGCUCCCUCUCCAGCUCCCCCUCCAACAGCCUUGAGACUCAGUCCCAGAGUCUGUCCCGAUCACAGAGUAUGGACAUUGACACUGCCUCCUGUGAAAAGAGCAUGUCCCAGGUGGAUGUGGACUCAGGGAUAGAGAACAUGGAGGUGGAGGACAGCGAUCGCAGGAGAAGAGGAACUUGCCUGAAAAGGAAGCCUCUGCAAACUCAGACGUCUCGGAAGAACAAGCUCUGCAGCUCAUUUGUAAGAUCCUCCGCGUAUCGUGGAAGGAGCAGGAUAGAGAUGUCAUCUUUCUCCCGUCAAUGGCUGCAGAGUUUCACCAGAACCCUAAAGAUGUAUACUCUGACUUUAAAGACUUGAUCGGCCAGAUCCUGAUGGAAGUCUUAAUGAUGUCCACCCAGUCCCGGGUCCACAACCCUUUCGCUAGCUUGACCGCCACCUCUCAGCCAAUUGCAGCAGCCAAAUCCCCAGACCACCGUCUGACGCUAGUGCCGCCCUCCAGCCAAGGUGGCAGCCCCAUGGGCCCCAGUGCAGGGUCCUUUGGAGCCAGCUCCCUGUCCAGUCUCGGUGCAUCUGGAGGAGUAAUGUCCUGCAAUUCAGCCAGCGACCGCUUCACCAUUGAGACUUGCAAAGAGACAGAGAUGCUGAACUACCUCAUUGAGCGUUUUGACAGUGUUGGCAUGGAGGAGAGAAAAGCUCCCAAGAUUUGUAGCCAACCAAAUGUCAGCCAGCUUCUCAGCAACAUUCGCUCUCAGUGUAUUUCUCAUAUUUCCCUGGUCCUGCAAGGCACCUUGACCCAGCCACGGAGCCCUCUGCAUCAGUCUUUGCUGGUACCUUAUCUGCUGUGUCGAAACCUUCCAUAUGGCUUUAUUCCAGAGCUGGUGCGCAUCACCCACCAGGAGGAAGGGGCCUUCAGUCAGAUCUUCACUCCCAUCCUCCAUGGGCUGGCUCUUGCAGUGAAAGAAUGUUCCUUCGACAGUGACAACUUUAAAUUUCCCCUUAUGGCAUUAGCCGAGCUUUGUGAAAUCAAGUUUGGAAAAACUCACCCAGUGUGCAAUUUGGUAACGUCGCUGCCUUUGUGGUGUCCCAAACCUCUGAGCCCUGGUUGUGGCAGAGAGAUCCAGAGACUUUCCUACAUGGGAGCCUUCCUCAGUCUCUCUGUGUUUGCUGAGGAUGAUACAAAAGUGGGAGACAAGUAUUUCUCUGGCCCAGCCAUCACCAUAGAGAACACGCGAGUCAUCAGCCAAUCAUUGCAGCACUACCUGGAGUCGGCUCGGGGUGACAUGUUCAAAGUUCUCCAUAACAUCCUACUAAAUGGAGAAACGCGUGAGCCAGCGCUUAAUUACAUGGCAUCUCUGGUCAACUACAAUGUGAAGAAAGCUCAGAUGCAGACUGAUGACAAGCUGGUGUCGACCGACGGCUUCAUGCUCAGCUUCUUAUGGGUGCUGCAACAGCUGAGCAUGAAGAUCAAGCUGGAGACAGUGGACCCGUACUACAUUUUCCACCCACGAUGUCGCCUUGUUGUCAGCCUGGAGGAGACGCGUCUGAAAGCCACCAUGGAGGAGCUCAAGAGCUGGCUGACGGAUCUGCAUGAAGGCCCCACCAAGUUCUCAGAACCGAAGUUCCCCACUGAAUGUUUCUUCUUGACGCUGCACGCCCACCAUUUAUCCAUCCUGCCUGGCUGCAGACGUUACAUCCGCAGGUUGCGGGCCAUCCGCGAAUUGAACAGGACUGUAGAGGAGCUGAAGAACAGUGAAAGCCAAUGGAAAGAUUCUCCCCUGGCUAGUCGGCAUCGAGAGAUGCUCAAGCGUUGCAAAACCCAGCUCAAGAAACUGGUGCGCGCCAAAGCAUGUGCUGACGUGGGCCUUCUGGAUGAGAACCUGCUCCGCAGAUGUCUGCAAUUCUACAGCACAGUCAUCCAGCUCAUCCUUCGCAUGGUGGACCCUGCCUACCCCAACAUUAACCUGCCGCUGCACCCUGAGAUUCCCAAAAGCUUUGCUGCUCUGCCUGAGUUCUACAUUGAAGAUGUCGCAGAGUUUCUGCUUUUUGUUGUGCAGUAUUCUCCCCAGGUUUUAUAUGAGCCCUGUGUGCAGGACAUCGUCACCUUCUUGGUGGUGUUCAUCUGCAGUCAGAACUACAUCAGGAACCCUUACCUUAUCGCCAAGUUGGUUGAGGUGCUGUUUGUCACCAACCCCGCUGUACAGCCUCGUACUCAGCGAUUCUCUGAAAUGAUGGAGAAUCACCCGUUGUCUGUCAAACAGCUGGUCCCCGCCCUCAUGAAGUUCUACACUGAUGUGGAGCAUACCGGCGCCACCAGCGAGUUCUAUGAUAAAUUCACUAUACGGUACCAUAUCAGUACUAUCUUCAAGAGUCUCUGGCAGAACCUUGCCCACCAUGGUACCUUCAUGGAGGAGUUCAACUCUGGCAAACAGUUUGUGCGCUACAUCAACAUGCUGAUUAAUGACACCACCUUCUUGUUAGACGAGAGCCUCGAGUCUCUGAAGCGUAUCCACGAAGUCCAAGAAGAGAUGAAGAAUAAGGAGCAGUGGGAACAGCUGCCUAGGGAGCAGCAGCAGAGUCGCCAGUCCCAGCUGACUCAGGAUGAGCGGGUGUCUCGCUCUUAUCUGGCCCUGGCCACAGAGACGGUUGAAAUGUUCCACAUCCUCACCAAGCAAGUCCAGAAGCCUUUCCUCAGGCCUGAGCUCGGGCCUCGUUUAGCCGCCAUGCUGAACUUUAACCUCCAGCAGCUUUGUGGGCCGAAGUGUCGGGACUUGAAGGUGGAGAAUCCCGAGAAGUAUGGCUUUGAGCCCAAGAAGCUCUUAGACCAGCUGACUGACAUCUACUUGCAGCUCGACUGUGCCCGCUUUGCUAAAGCAAUUGCAGAUGACCAGCGGUCUUACAGCCGCGAGCUUUUUGAAGAGGUGAUCUCAAAGAUGAGGAAGGCUGGCAUUAAGUCCUCUAUUGCCAUUGAAAAAUUCAAGCUGCUAUCGGACAAGGUGGAGGAAAUAGUUGCCAAGAACUCCCAGUCUGAGAUGGACUACAGUGACGCACCUGACGAGUUCAAAGACCCUCUGAUGGACACACUGAUGACGGACCCUGUGAUUCUGCCUUCGGGCAACAUCAUGGAUCGAUCCAUCAUCCUGCGCCACCUGCUUAACUCCCCCACUGAUCCCUUCAACCGACAGCCACUCACAGAGAGCAUGCUGGAGUCAGUCCCUGAGCUGAAGGAGAAGAUCCACACCUGGAUGAGAGAGAAACAGGGCGGGCGGCCUGUCUGAGGACCACAUGUCACCAACGUCUGGCCUGCUAACCAUCAUUAAGAGAGCUGUCCAAAUCGCCUGAAUUCAGUGUCCCUACUACCAACGUCGACGACAAACAUUUGAAUGGAGAAAAAAAAAAAAGACCUGAUUUGACUUUUAUUUGCAUUUACCCUUUUUGUCUCAAACCAUUAUGGUUCUAAAAACAAAUUAUAAUAAAGUUAAGACUUAAGUUUUUUUUGCUCAUGAGUUUGUGUAUAUAUCUAACAAAAUAUAUACAUAUAUUUAACAAAAGUUAGUUAAUGCAAUAUAGUGCUGCACAAAUACGUUUCCACCACCAACGGGUUUACCAGCGAGGUGCGUAGUCACUUCUUCAAUCAUUUUCCUUUAAGGUUCAUUUUGUUUUGUAAUACUCUUAUGUUGGCUUCUUUAAACACUUGUGACUUUAGAGAGAGGGGAGGGCAAUACAUUUGGGAUAGUGUGGGUGGGUUCUGAUAAAUUUGCUAGCCCUGAGUUUUCAUUAUCAAGACUGACGAUGAUGAACUUGAGUCCACAUUAUGAAUGCUGAUUUCCCAGAGCUAACGGAUGCACAGUUUGUGCUUGUAGACAAAGUUCGGAACUGGGAAUAUCCAUUAAGGAUGUAGCUUAAUGUUAACUAAUCCUAAAUGUCAGCUUACUUUUGAGUACUGUAGGAAGAUAAGUAGUGGAGCACCAAAAUACAGUAUAUUCAGUUGGUCCUUUCUAGUCUCAUUUUCCCUGCUGACUUCAAUAGAUGGAAUUUACUUCUUGCGUGUGCAUGGCCUCAAGUCCAGAACCUCCUACGCGCCUGAUGGACAAAUAACACACUGUUAGGCGAAUUGAAAGGAACAUGAGAGAAUGUAGCAUGACCACCAGAAACGCCGUCGUAGGAGCGCCCCAUCAAAAGUCUGCUCUUCAGAAACACUGACGUCUCACGGCAAGGCGGUCUCUUUCAAAUGGCGCUGUACUUAACGUUACCUUGCUGACCUUAACUGUACAGGAAGUGAUUUCCUUAAACCACAUACCUGUUUAGGAAACUAGGAUUUUGAACUGAAAUAAAUGAUGAUGCACAUUA